AUGACGUAUCUAUGCUUUAAACUAGGCUGUGAACUUGAACCUCAAAUUGCUUGCUGUUGCUCAUCUCCUGAAACUUACUGCUGUGAGAUCCAUCUUGGAGAUCAUCUCAAACUCCCAUGCAGAGCUCAUGCCUUUGAUUUUAUUUAUGUAGAGCCUUGCGAACGAACUAAAGAUGCAAUUCUUGCUCCUUUUCCUAAAUAGGGACAAUUUUUUUCCCCUUUACAAGAUCAAUUUUUUUUUAUAAAAAUUAUAUAGUCAAGAAUUAUGAUUUUUUAAAUUAUAUAAUAAAAAAUUAUGUUAUAUUAUAAUAAUCAUCAUCACUUAAGCAGUCUGGAGAGUUAGAUUCCUUUCAAAAGAAAAGUCUAAGAAAGAGAAAACUUAACUCCAACCCUCUUUAAUAUGAAACAAAUAAUUCUGUUCGAAUUUAAAGCAGAGUUGGCUUUUUAUUUUAAUCCCAUCCUCCGUAAGCGAACAAAAUGACUGGCAAAAUUUCCUAUUUUUUGAGUAAAAAGUAUCCUCUGUGGGCGAACAAAAUAAUUGUUCAAUAAAAAAAUAUUUUGAUCUGUUAAAUUUUAAACUAUUAAUAUUUGGUUCAAAAUAAUUGGGUUUUUUUAUAAAGAUUAUUAUAAAUUUAUAUAUAAAUUUUUAUAAAAAAUGUGAGCGAACAAUUUUUAUGUUCCCUCAUUGUGGAGAGUUCCAAUUUAAAGAGGCUAUAACUUGCUUAAGAAGGCUGUCUUGGCUUCUUUUAGAGUAAACCUUUAUAGCUCAAAAAAGAAUGUUGAAGAAACUUUAUCAAAGCUAAAUACUGAUUUAGAAGAAAUAAAUGAAUCGAUUGCAAAGAUAUCAAGCACUUCAAAACAAGAAUCCCCCAUUUCUGACCUCAUGCUUUUACAGCCUGAUGAUGGUUUUAAGAUCUCAAGAGCAACAAUUCCAGAUGACUUAGAACAUUAUAGCAGCUUUAAGUAUAUUUGCUCUUUAAAUAAAUUACAAGCAAAAAGAAUUUCCUUAUUAAGUAAACCAAAUAGCGCAAAAACAGAGCAAGAUUUCAGGAAAAAUUGCUUAUUAAAUUAG